GGCGCCGCGCAUGCGCGCUGUGUGCAGACGCAGCCUUGAUAUAGGGGCGGGGGCGCGAGCGCCGCAUUGCAGGCGGGCGCAGGACCAUGGCGCGACGACUGCUGACCCUCCUCGGCCUCUUGGCGGCCGCUGUGGCCAGCCCUGUUUUGUGGCAGAAGGACUGUGUGAAGGGUCCAGAAGUCUGGUGUCAGAGUCUUCGCACAGCGUCGCAGUGUGGAGCGGUGAAGCACUGCCAGCAGAAUGUCUGGAGCAAGCCUACUGUAAACAGCAUCCCCUGUGAUUUAUGCAAGGAACUUGUAACAGUGGUUGGCAAGGUUUUGAAGGACAAUGGCACAGAGGAUGAGAUUCGCUCUUACUUGGAAAAGACAUGCGAGUUUCUUCCUGACCAAGGCCUGGCCUCUGAGUGCAAGGAAAUUGUGGACUCCUACCUACCAGUUAUCAUGGACAUGAUCAAAGAAGAAUUCGAUAAACCUGAAGUUGUGUGUAGUGCCCUCUCACUGUGCCAGUCCCUUCAGAAGCAUCUUGCAGCAAUGAAGCUUCAGAAACAGCUUCAGUCCAAUAAGAUACCAGAGCUGGACUUCUCUGAACUGACAUCUCCAUUCAUGGCUAAUGUGCCCCUUCUCCUUUACCCUCAAGACAAACCCAAGCAGAAGUCUAAGGGAACUGAGGAUGUAUGCCAGGACUGCAUUCGGCUGGUUACUGAUGUUCAGGAGGCUGUGAGGACAAAUGCAACUUUUGUGAAGUCCUUAGUUGCUCAUGCCAAGGAAGAAUGUGACCGCCUUGGACCUGGGAUGUCUGAUAUGUGCAAGAGCUAUAUCUCUGAAUAUUCUGACUUGGCCAUCCAGAUGAUGAUGCACAUGGUAAGAUCACAACCAAAGGAUAUUUGUGCCAUGGUUGGAUUCUGUCCUUCUGUGAAAUCUGUUCCCCUUCAGACUCUGGUGCCAGCUCAAGUGGUUCAUGAAGUGAAAAUGGAAACUGUGGAGAAAGCUGCAGUUCAAGAGAAGACUUUUUCUGUGUGUGAAAUCUGUGAGACGAUGGUGAAAGAAGUGACUGGCCUGUUGGAGAGCAACAAGACAGAGGAGGAGAUUGUGCAUGAAAUGGAGGUCGUCUGCUACCUGCUCCCAGCAAGUGUCAAAGAUCAGUGUAAGGACUUCAUAGAGGUCUAUGGCCAGGCUUUGAUUGAUAUGCUCCUGGAAGCGACAAAUCCUGAGGCUGUGUGUGUUAUGCUGAAAUGCUGUGCAGCCAACAAGCCUCCGCAGCAGCCAGUUGUGGUGAAACCCGCAGGUGGCUUCUGUGAUAUCUGCAAGAUGGUAGUAGCUUAUGCAGACAAAGAACUUGAGAAGAAUGCCACAACAACUGAGAUUGAGGCUUUACUGGAAAAAGUCUGUCACUUCUUACCAGAGUCUGUCAGUGAUCAGUGUGUUCAGUUUGUGGAACAGUAUGAACCUGUGGUUGUACAACUCUUGGCAGAGAUGAUGGAUCCCACUUUUGUUUGCACUAAAUUAGGAGUCUGUGGAGCAGCUAAAAAGCCUCUCCUAGGGGAUGAUGCUUGUGUUUGGGGUCCAGGUUACUGGUGUAAGAACAUGGAGACUGCUGCUCAGUGCAACGCUGUUGAUCACUGCAGACGUCACGUGUGGAACUAGAAGUAUUUUCCAGUACUGAAAGUUUGCCAUGGCUCAUAAAAACGUGGACUGAGGCUGGAGAGCUGUAUCUCAAAUGUCCCUCCUCUCUGCCUCGUUAACAAUUUGACCUUCAAGUUCCUUUAUUGUAACUCUUCUGUAGCAGUGCUGCUGUUGAAGGAUCAGAUCUUCAUUGUUGACUUAACAAAGAUAUUUCUGGCUGUACAGUUUAACUCAUUAUGCUCCUGAAAAUAGUCAGUGUGUUGUAGAUUUUAAUUGGUAGGCUGAAGUUUUUUUAGGUGCUGGGAAGAAUGAUGAAAGAUGAAAUGAUCUCUUAUCUUUUAAUUUAAAAAAGAAAAGAUAGUGACUAAACUUUUAAAUAUCUUUCUGUAGCCAGCUUUGGGAAGAUGACAUGUUGUGUUUAACAUCUGUCUGGAGUACUAGUUUUGUGCUUACUGUUGGGGAACCCUAAGGGAUGAUGUUGAAUCCUGGAAUUCCUUCAGCUGGAGUUUUCAAAGCUUUACAGAUACAGGAAAGGGGACUUGAUGUGCCCAGCAAACUUUCAAAGCAACCAGUAUAUAAAAAGGUUACAUUUGCACUUGAGUGGUCACACUUAAGACUUGUAGUGUUGUCAUAGCCAGGGAAAACCCUCAACAUUAGAUCAUGUUCUUUUUAUUUCCUUGGACCGCUCAGCUUCAACAUGGGUGUUCUCUUGUCAAGCUCUGAACAGUUCAGUCUUUUCAAGCAUGCUGACACACUUAAGGAAUGCCUCCCCCCCUUUUUUUUUUCCCCCCUACUUGCUCACCGAUUCUGCUUCAUCUUACAGCUUGCUACGUGCAGCCAGCCUGGUGCUAAGGAGGUAGAGCAAACUGACUCGAUAGGAGAUGGAGGUGAAAAAGUCAGCAGGGGCUCCAUGUAUGUGAAAGCCUGUACAGUUUAGCAGGCAGAACGUGUGGGAGAUGGUUUUACUGUAAAAUGCUGUUUCGUUCCUUGCUUUUGGUUUUCUCUCGUGGCGUAUUCCAGUAAUCUUAAAGCUUCAGAGGUACUGUUAGGCUUGCAGGUAGUUCCCACUGCUGCCACCCAUUCUCAGUGACAUUCAUCCUCCUGAGUAGUUUGAAGUAUAACUUUCUCUUUUCUCAGAGUUCCCAUUUCUAUUGGGAAAUGCACCUGAGUUGCAAGUGGAGAUGGCAGAGAGUGAGAAUGCUGUUGCAGGUAUUUUACAGCUUUGCUGGCAUGCCUGGCAGCCUUUCACAGUGGCACAGCAGGAAAACAUCACACUGAAAUUAUCUGAACCUUUGAACAGAAGACUUUUAAGGCAGACUGCUACCCUGAAAACAAGUCAGGCCCUUGAGGUAGGGGCUUUCAGGAUGAGAAUCAUGCUUAUGUUGUUCAAGACAGACCUUUUACCGGCUUUAUGUGCUAAAUUCUGAACAAGGUAACUCCUCAGAAGGCACAAGAGUAGCACUGGAGAGUCCUCUGGGAAGGAGAAGCUGGGCUGUGUGGAGCUUUGAAAACUCCAGUCCUGUUCAGAAAGUGCUGGCAACUGCUCCUCUUUGUGCAGCGCCUCGGGUGAGACGGGAGCUCUGCUAAUAGGGCUUCAGGAGCAAGCAAACUCAUUUUCAUGGGGUUGAAUUGAAAACCACUCAACUGCAUCUUUUUCUUACUACUUGUACACACUGAAUGUCUGGGCGGUCUUGACAGAUACUGAGACAGAUUUAUCUUUCCUGUUUGUGUACAGAACUCUGAAGCACUCCCUGCUUUAAAAAAAGUCCUCUAAAGGUGUACAAUAUCAGCAGCUUUCUAUCUUGGCAGGCUUGUGCAGUGCUUCUAGUGGUGUAUCCCAGCAGGGGUAAGUGUCCCAGGUAGAUGAUGGUCUCUCCUCAGCAUGGCUGCCCCUGGAGAGGUGCAGGUUGUCACACUGCAGCAUGCAGUAUGGGAUUGGAUCUUUUAAAAUGAUUUUUUUUUUUUUCUUUUAGGGGGGUGGAUUGACAUUUGCUCUUAUCAACUGGCAAGGUUGUAAUUCCUGUGGGUUUUUUAGUAGUGGAGGACUCAUGCUGGCAGCCUGUAGGGCAAGGUGAGCUGGGCGAAGUCCUGUGCUCCUGCUGGGAAUCUCUUCAGUUUUUUCUCACUUCCUGUGGAAUGUGGCACCUGACCUGCUUGAGUUACGUGUGUGGGGGGACAUGCAGUUGCUUUCUAAAGAACAUUGUCUUGAUUUAUUAUUAUUUUUUUUUUUUGCACAAAAGCUUCUUUAAUGAACAAUAAAAACCUCUGUAAACUGGUAA